AUGGACACAGCCACCGAAAUCUACGAUGAACAGGACGAUUAUAGGUCAGAUGCAGAUGAGCCCACAGGCGUCCUAGAGAUCAAUACAUCGUCGGAUUGGUAUCAGCCCCAAGCAAGCAACGAAACCUCGAAUCGCGGAAGACGGCGAAGGGCCCGUCAUUCUUCUGUCGGAUCUGUUCCGGCACACAACCCCUCGCGAAUUCAAAUCCACGAGAACGAGGCGCAUCGGAUCAUAGAACCUGGGGUUGUUAUCGCCGAGGGGGGACCCCAACACCUAUAA